GGUGUCCUGCUCGGUGCAUGUGCUCUCUGUAGGGGCCCAGUCAGACGCGAAGAGACCAAGGAACAGAGGCAGGAACAGGAAUAUCCUCCUGUCAGUGCCACGACGCUGACACACCACACUCUCCGGCAGGGCAGCCUCUGCUCCGAUAAUAAGCAUCCUAUGCUAUUCAGCUCAAGAUGGCGGUGCAGGCAGCGGAAAAGGACGGAAUAGUGUUGCAGACCGUUGAGGAUGACCACCUGAACGACUCGCCGGGGAACCCUGGCCUCAUCUCACCUGACAAGGAGGAUAUAGCACGUCUCCUGACUGUGCCAUUCAACGGGCGGAUCCGGGGCGGCAUGCGGCCAGGGAAGAAGAUCAUAGUGAUGGGCAUUGUCGACCUGGAGCCAGACAGCUUUGACAUUAGCCUGACUUGUGGCCGGGACUCGGAGAAGGAGGAGCCUCCACAUGACGUGGCCCUGAAACUGACUGCCCGCUUCUCUGACCGCCAGUUCCUAAGCAGCGCCCGUGUCUCUGGAAAAUGGGUUGGGGAGGAGGCAUCCACCUCCUACUUUCCCUUCAUCCCUGAUCAGCCUUUUAGGAUUGAGAUCCACUGCGAGCACCAGAGGUUCCGGAUAUUCGUGGACGGACACCAGCUCUUUGACUUUUAUCACAAAGUAAAAUCUUUGCCCGCUAUCGACACAGUACGGAUACAAGGUGAUCUACAGAUCACCAAGCUGGGUUAACUUCCCGCUCCUCCUGUUUCUGCAAGUGAGUGUGAAGCAAGGACUCGAUCAAAGAAGACCACGCGCGCACACACACACACACACACACAGUACACGCCUGUUACGUCAUUGUCCGUUACCCAUCAUGCAACACGGCAGAGACAAAGCAACUGGAAAAGGGCUCCGGCUGUGACAAGUUAGAGUUCAUUCACUUCUUUUCAUUCCUUUAUAUUUAAUCGGGAUCUGAUAUGAUGAAGCUUUGAUGGGGAAUGUGUUCGCUCCAUUUUCAGGUUUUUCCUCUUCGUAGCCACAGUUCUGUCAGUUCAGGGAUCUUAUGGUUUAUUAAUAGCAACUUCAUGGUGAAUCCUUUUGGGAUGCUCAGGCAGAAGCAGGUGUCAAGAACACUUAAGUGAUGGGAACAUAAUGAGGAUAUCAUAGAAACGAGUUGAUCUGGAACAAACUAAUAUGAUGACAAAAUGUUGAUUAUGGAAGAAUCUCAAAUUCCAGUGGCUGAUUAAAAGUUUGAACUCUGCACUUCAAUUCUGGCCAUGUUAACGUCUUCCAAAAGUUUGUUGAUGGACUGUUAAAUGUCUGUGAUUAAGAUUAAAAGCAAAGGAUACUAAAAGAAACUGAUUAAAGGUGACAAAUAUUCUGUCAAAUGACGCAGUAUCAGACUUAAGAGGCGCUUACAUAAUGAAUCUUAGGUUCAAAAACAGGAUUUUUCAAGUUCUACUUAUUCCAGUUAUCGUCUAAAAGUCGUUUUCUGAUCUGAUCACAGUGGAGUGCAGAGUUACACCCUGUUUUCUCCAUAGGGUAUUCCCCUGUGAUCCCUUGAGUUGUCAUGGCAACACGCCGCAGACUCAUCGACCUAAUUUCCCAAAAUUGAGGAUUACGUCAUGAAUCGUCCCAUGCUGUACUCUCUGUGUGUUGGUACUUAUUUUAGGCAUCGCUGCAGCCGUUCUCAUGUAGAGGGAAUGUCCCGGCAUGAAGUCGAAUUCUGACUGUUUUCUUUGAUGGGCAAGAAUAUUUUCAAAUUAGUUUUAGAAUAUGAUUUUUCAUGCAAGCCUCAUCUGAAAUUGUACUCUAAACCAGUAUGCAAGUUAUUCUCAUAAAAAAAAAAGCACUGGUUUUGAAGAAACGGUGCUGUCAGGUGUGUGCUGAGCAAAAAACGAAACUAAAAUCCUUAAGUCACAUCCAGUUGCAGCAAGUCUUUUUGAGGCAGGAUCAGAUCCUGAUGGUAUUUUGAAUGUAAAGUAUCCAUGUUUCUAUAGUAGCGUAGGAGAUAUAGUGAUGCACAACAUGAUGAAGUUAAUGUCACAGUUUGUUGGUGGUCCGUUUUCAGUCCUACAGUAUGUCUUGUGUGUUUUAUGGCUUUUUAAAAUUGUUUACUGAAUCAUUCCAGGUAGAUGUCAUGGAGCAGGUCCAUCUGUGUUUAAUUCAGCCAGCAGGUCUAAUAAUUGUAAACAUUUUUGUGUCUUAAAUUCAUUACAUAGUUUUGUCUCCAUAACCCCACCCCCUUCACACAGCAUGUCUUAUCCUUUAACGAGGCAGAAAGGAAGUUAUAACAAACACACUGUAACAGUCGAGAUUAGUUCGAAGCAUAACGCACAGUAUCACAAGUUCUUAAGCUGCUCUGUUUACACCUCAGUCUGUGUCAGUGCUCAGUUUACUUUGAGAACAUCUUAGAGUACUUUGCAUUAGAAUUUCACUGCAUUGAUUUUUUUUUUGGUACCACUUUUCAACAAAGGGUUUAUAAGAUGUAACCUUUGGCAUCAUUAGGUCUGCAACUAACUUUUUUUCCAUUAUCAAUUACUGGACAGGCUAUUUUCACAAUAAAUGACAUUUUUCAAAAUGUUGAUAGAUUAUUGAACUACAUGGCAGUUACCUCACUUUUAUAACAUUAAAUCAACUAGUGGUUGCAGCUUAAGGCUUUAGAAAUGAAUAGUAACUCUGUAAAAUGAUAUAGGUUCUCUUAAAAUGUGAAAAUAAGAAGAACUUGCCUAUUAGUUUUUUCCCUUGUGUUAGGUAAUUAUGCUUUCAUUAGUGUUGGAAAACCUUUACUUAUGAAAACCUUUUCUUAUGAAGCUAUGAGUGGUAGUUAUAACAUAAAAGAAUCCUGAAUUUCUUACUAAACAAUAAUGGAUCACCUUCUCAGCUGUCAGAGCAGGCUUAUAAAACAAAGGAGUUUCAAAGGCAAUUGAGCAUAUCAUUUUCUUACACAAAGUUGUUCCUGUAAUUGCAACUUACAUUAUUAAAAUAUUCAUUAGGGUAGACACAUUUUAUCUGUCGCAUCUUAUAACGCCUUUUUUUUUUUUUUUUUUUUUUUUUUUUUUUUUUUUUAAGAGAGGUGACGUUUUAGAAAGCUAGAAAUACCAACACAACUUCAACUGGGUAUGAGAAACUGUGACCAUAUUUGGUUACUGAGGUUAUCGUUCACAUCAAGCAGAGAAUUUGAUGCAUACUUUUCAGUGCUGCCAUGUUUUUGGACAUUUGUUCUUUCAGUCUUUCAGCCAAUCAGGGUUUCCCGUCUCGUUCUUUCUGCUGUGAAUUUUGGAGUAAGCCAUGACAUCUUGAGACAUGAAGAGGUUAAGUAAUUAUCAUCGUUACUUUGAUAUAGCAAUAAGUUUCACUGCUCCUGGACUGACGGCUCUGGAGCGAAACUUGUUUUCUCCUGGUUGGUCAGACAGGGUCUUCCUUGUUUUCUCUUGGCAGCCGCUGGUUUAUUUUUGUCACACGCAGGAAACGGGUACAGUUAGUUAUGAAGGGAAGUGCAGUUUGGGAGAGAUAUGAGCCAGUGUGACGCACCAUUACUCCAGUAUUACAUCCAAACAGAAGUGUACAAAAAUCCAGUAACAAUUGUGUCUGAAGGGUGUGUUUGUGUUUUCUUUCUAUAAACUGGUGACUAUACAUUUGCAACACUACAUUUUCGACAAUCUUCCUUUAACAAUAUGUUAAUAUUACCCAUGUUAAGUUGUGAUCAUCACUCAGCAGUGUGUGUAAACGGUGUAAUGUAGGUUUUUGGCGUCAGUAUUGUUUUUGUUUGGAGCUUUGCAGGAGGGAGAUGAGCAAUUCAAGACUUCUGAAUUAAAGGGCUCUAAUCAGGGAGGGUUUUGUGUUUGUGUGAGUGAGUGUGUGGGGAUCUGAGCUGCCUAUGUGUUUACUUGACAUAGAGCAGUGUAUAGCAAAUUAUGUUGGGACUAUUUUGAGUUUUCAGAAACGGUGUGUUUGAGGUUUUCUGCACAGGUGGUGUUGUGGUGCAGGUACAUCAGCUGGCACGGUACUCCAGCUUACUUAUUAGGUACUGGCACACUUUAAAAAAAUAAAAAAAUAAAUAAAAAAGGUUGUUCUUUUAAAGAAGCAGAGUGUGGGAUUUAGAAGCUACUCGUGGUGAACUUGCAACCAUCUUUUUUCCGUAAAGUGCCCCUUUCAAGCUUUGGUCGCUGCAAAACUGUCAAAAGAAUCCCAAAGAUUCUCUAUGGUGUCAGUCUUUGGUUCGGAAAGAGCUGCUGGACUCCAUGGACGAGGACCGGUUCCCUCACACACACUGCCAAUAGACGCCUCUAACUCCUACACGCUGGUCAUUUAAGGGACUCACAGCUCAUAUUCUAACAAAAAACACCCAGCCUCGGUACAUGUGCUUAGAAAACCUCACUAUGUUUUAGAGUUGUUGUGGUACCAAUACCAGUAUCUGUAUCGGCCUCAUGAUAAUGCCUCAAAUGUUGUAUUGGGUAUCAUUGAGUAUUCCAAUCAACGCUGCAACCUGACAACAUCAUUUAUCGGCCCUCCAAAAACUCACUGAAUUCAGGUAAAGGUAGCAAAACGUCAACAAUCAGUGUUUCUCCACCAGUAUAUUAUGUUUAUUUUUUCUCCUAUCGAUGCAACUGUUGAUAUUGGCCAAUAAAAAGUCUAAGAAUCUGAAGCAGGAAGUAAAAAUGGUAUCAGAACUUCUCUAAAAGCAUUUGUGUUUCAUCCUUAAAAUGAUGUUUGAAACAACAGGCCCCAGUUCCUGAUCCCUUGUCUUUUCAAGAACAACUCUAUAAGAAAUAAUAAUUCUUCUUUUUAACUCUUGUUUUAAUUUUUCUCAAGCCAUUUGGAAAGGCAACUGAAUGUUAUUCUCCUUCUGAUUGUAAUCUAUUGAUGAAAUCCCAGCUCUUUGUGUGUGUUUUAAUAAAAGGUGAAGCAGACCCCCCCCCCUCCUCUUCCUACCUGAAAGUAAAAAUGAAGAGUGAUUUAAGAGGAACAUGACCCUGCUCAUGGACUUAGGAUGUAUAUAUUUUGGACCUUGGUCUCCUUUUUAACAUCAGGCUGAUUUACCAGCAGAAAGUAUUUUGUUGUGCAUGUAAGCUACCUGGCAUUUUGUAAACAUGAAAGGUUGAGGUUUUAUAUUGUCAGUGUUUGGUCCAUUUAAGCAUGCUCUUUCUUUAAUGCCAUCAACUGUGUAAGGCGUGUUUUUUAGGGCGGAUUCCCCCUUGUGGUCCCAUUUUAUGUUUCUUCUGUUCAGCCUAGUAUUUAUGGAGGUUACGGUUUACCACAUGAUGAACUUUGACCAAACUAACCCUUUAUGGACCAAUCGUUUAAGUCGAGCUUUUCUUUUCUGUGCAAGACUUUAAUGACUUUCAAAAAAGUGCUAAAACAUACAUGACUGAUGUAAGAACGGCCACAUCAUGAUAUCCAUAUACGGUAUGAAGUGUCUGAGUAGAAGUAGGCUGAAAUGUUGCUAAUGUGUUGUGUGGUUGUACAAUCAUGCUAUUAUUUCUAUUUAUUACAGUGUAACCAGCAGGGUUGUGUGUGGUAACGUCAUGCCUACUGUAUUGGUAACGUGCUCAUUUUUGGCUGACGUUUAUAUGAAGGCAUCUUGAAAGUAGAGUUUUUUUUAUAAUGAUGAAAGUGUAUUUGGUUCAGCGCUGACAUAUUCAAAUAUAACAUAUUGUACUUCCCUGUAUGACACGAGAAAACUUGGUAGAGGUCAAAGUGUCAAAACGAUAAUGAUUUUCUUUUAACCAUACAGCAAGGCGAGCCAUCAUUUUUAAAAAGAUAUACAAAGUCUGAGGAUAACCAGGCGGUCCCAAAGCAUCAUGUUGUGUCUCUUCUAUUUAUUUUUUUUUCAGCUGAGCAGCUUUCAAAAAUCUGCUUCACAAAUAACAGAAGCACUCUCGUUUAUGACGUGAUGUAAAGUCCCCAAAAUAUCCUGAGCUGACCUUGAUUUUGGGUCUCACUGAAAAUGUGCACUGGACCAGUGUUUAGAUGAAGACUACAUUUACCACCCAGGUGAAAGACCCCUCCUCUCAAAAGUGUUUCUUUGUACCGCCUCAUGCUUUUGUAAAAACAGCUACUUUGCAAAACCAAUAAACUUCUCAUCUUGGAGAUUUUCUGGUG